UCUUAUUUUCGCUCAAAAUGAUUUCUCAUUUGUCUCAUCUCCUUGAGGAAUCAUGAAGUGGAAUCACCACCAACUCACUAAUCAAUCCUAAUACAGAAAUAACGAAAGCCAGCCAUAGCCCAAAUCCUCAAUCCUUUACCAAAGCGAACAACGCCCAGGAACAUGUCACUCUCUCACUCACUUUCCAUGCCUGAAUUUGGGUUUUCUUCUGUGCCUGCCUACCACAAUUCCCAGUUUUUCAAUCACCAUAGUACCACAAAAUUGGGCACCAUAAGACCCACAAACUCAGAACACAAAUUCAAGUUCUUUGAUAAUAAAAAACCUACAGGUUUCCUUUGUUCCAAGCUCUGGGACUUCAACUCAGGGUUUAACAAUUUUCAGUUUUUUGGUGAGUGUUGUGCUAUACAAUCGAAUAGGUGCAGACCCAGAAGUCAAAAACACAAAGUUUUAUGUCUCAAUGAUUACCAGCCCUGUAGCAUGUGUUCAGGGUUUUACAGUACCAUACAGUUGGGCACUUUCAGACCCAGAAAUUCAGAAAGCAAAUUUCUGUCUGGCGGUGCCUUGACAAUUCCAAUUUCCAAUAGUUUCAAGCAUGGCAGUGGGAAUUUAGGGUUUUGCGAGGUGAAUUGGAGCAAUAAGAAAUUUGUAUUAAGGUCCAAAUCGAUGUUGAGUGUAGAUAAAGUGGUAGAGAGAGAGGAAAGUGGAGGAGAGCUGGGUAGGGAGAAUUCUCAUGAUGCAAUUGUUAUUGGGUCCGGGAUUGGAGGGUUGGUUGCGGCAACGCAGCUGGCGGUGAAGGGAGCUAGGGUCCUGGUUUUGGAAAAGUAUGUAAUACCUGGUGGGAGCUCUGGGUAUUACCAGAGGGAUGGCUACACGUUUGAUGUUGGGUCCUCUGUGAUGUUUGGUUUCAGCAAUAAGGGCAACCUAAAUCUGAUAACCCAAGCAUUGGCAGCAGUUGGAUGUGAGAUGCAGGUGAUACCUGAUCCAACUACUGUCCAUUUUCAUUUACCCAAUAACCUUUCUAUUCAAGUGCACAGAGAAUACAGUGAAUUCAUUGCAGAACUUACCGAUAAGUUUCCCCAUGAAAAGGAAGGGAUCCUCAAAUUCUACAGUGAAUGUUGGAAGAUUUUCAAUGCUUUGAACUCAUUGGAAUUGAAGUCACUUGAAGAGCCAAUCUACCUUUUUGGACAGUUUUUCCAGAAGCCUCUCGAAUGCUUGACACUUGCCUAUUAUUUGCCUCAAAAUGCUGGAGACAUAGCUCGUAAGUACAUUAAGGAUCCCCAGUUGUUGUCUUUCAUAGAUGCAGAGUGUUUUAUAGUGAGCACAGUCAAUGCUUUGCAGACCCCAAUGAUCAAUGCAAGCAUGGUUUUAUGUGACAGGCACUUUGGUGGGAUUAACUACCCUGUUGGUGGUGUCGGUGGAAUUGCAAAGUCCUUAGCAAAAGGCCUGGUUGAUCAGGGCAAUGAAAUAUUUUACAAGACAAAUGUGACUAGCAUUAUAGUUGAGCAGGGAAAGGCUGUGGGGGUUAGGCUGUCGGAUGGAAGGGAGUACUUUGCCAAAACCAUAAUAUCAAAUGCUACUAGAUGGGAUACUUUUGGAAAACUCUUAAAAGGAGAAUGCAUUCCAAAAGAAGAGGAAAAUUUUCAGAAACUUUAUGUUAAGGCUCCAUCUUUUCUUUCCAUUCACAUGGGGGUUAAAGCUGAGGUCCUGCCACCAGAUACGGAUUGCCACCAUUUUGUGCUUGAGAAUGACUGGACAAGAUUAGAGGAGCCAUAUGGAAGCAUAUUUUUAAGCAUUCCAACUAUACUUGAUUCAUCAUUGGCUCCAGAAGGACGUCAUAUUCUUCAUAUUUUUACCACUUCUUCCAUAGAGGACUGGGAGGGUCUUCCUCGAAAAGACUAUGAGGCAAAGAAGGAGCUUGUAGCGGAGGAAAUCAUAAGCAGAUUAGAGAAGAAACUAUUUCCAGGGUUGAGAUCAUCAAUUGUUUUUAUGGAGGUAGGAACACCAAAGACACACAGGCGGUUCCUGGCUCGUGAUAAGGGUACAUACGGACCAAUGCCACGCAGUACACCAAAGGGAUUACUUGGAAUGCCAUUCAAUACAACAGCUAUAGAUCGUCUGUACUGUGUUGGUGAUAGCUGCUUUCCAGGACAAGGUGUUAUAGCUGUAGCCUUUUCAGGAGUAAUGUGUGCGCACCGUGUGGCUGCUGAUAUUGGGCUUGAGAAGAAGUCUCCAAUAUUAGAUGCUGCCCUCCUUCGACUACUUGGUUGGUUGAGAACAUUGGCAUGAUAUACCAUAUGGGGGAAAAUAUGAGAUUCCGAUUACCACUUGGCUGCAAAAUAAUAGCUUACUUGCCUAAUGGCUGCGAUCCAUAGCAGGUUGAGGAUGAGCAAAUUUGCUAUCCUUUAAUUUUUUCUCUGGAAAGGUCACCAAUCAUUGAAGCCAAUUGAGGUACUUUGUGCAAUGGCUAUUUAAACGAAGUCGGCUCACGGGAUUGCCCUGUAAUUCUUAUUUGCUAAGCUGACACUAUGCAUGCGAGGAUUGUGGAGUUGUCUACAUCAUAAUUAUGUCUCUUUUGCUGAUUGAUUUAGUAGCAGAUUGCUGAUUCUUUUAUGUAUAGGUCUAAAUGAUUACUCUUGUAAUACACUGAUGCAAAAUUUGCUGCA